AUGAACGGCAGCAUCAGCACCUCAUCCUACGCCUCGAGGCUUGAAGCUUUCCGAAAAUCUGACGACGACCGCAACGCUCUAGUGGAAGAACUUAUUAAAGCCUACGAGGACCUUAAGAAGAAACAUGAACGUCUUAGCGACGACUACGAGAAUGAGGUCUCCUCGAGACGUAUGCAUCAGAGCAAAGCCAAGGAUCUGGAGAUGAGCUUGGUUCAGCAGAAGCAGGCCAUGGGAUCUAACAAUUUCGCUAUGGUACUAAUUGACGGCGAUGGCGCCAUCUUCCAAGACGCUCUAUUGCAGAAAGGUAAAGACGGCGGCGCCGAAGCAGCGCAUCUGCUCCACGCGCAGAUUCAGAAGUACCUUAAGGAGAUAUACCCCGAUGCGAAUGUGUCCGACUGGAGCCUCGUCGUCCAUGUCGUAUUAAAUUUGCCAGACCUAUCAACUGCUCUAUCAGCGUCCGGAAUCACCUCGACGAUGGCUUAUCUGGCAGAGUUUGGCCGCGGCUUUGGUGCCGCUCGACCACUCUUCAACUUCAUUGAUGUCGGUCGAGGCAAAGAACGGGCCGACCAUAAGAUUAGAGAGAGUCUUCGCCUUUACAUGCCCCUUGCUCAGUGUAGACAUGUCUUUUUCGGACCAUGCCACGACAAUGGCUACCUCAAUGACCUAGCACCUUACAGCGGUGACGCUGCAAAUGCGGCUCGUUUAACUCUUAUCGAGACCAGACCUGCUGAGCCAGGAUUUUCGAGUCUUGGUUUGAAGCGCAUGAAGGUCGAAAAUGUCUUCAGAGAGCGCGAUAUCCCCAAGGCCGGCGCCCCCAGUAUGACCUUGCCGAUUCGCAAAGCGCCGACAAUGCACUCCCCCGCUACAUCAUUCGCCCCCAGCUUUGCGAAGGAGCCAAGUCCAGUACGCUCCGAGGAAGACCGUUCGUCAACCGCUUCGCCGAACUCCUGGGCUGCCGUCGGCAAAAAUGGUGUGGAGGACGGAUUCGAGACCAUCAGCAUCGCGCCCAAGAAAUCCAAGAAGAUGAAGUACAUCCUCUUGAAUGCUGACGGCCAACGCAUUGAUGAUCCUCUUGACAAGUUCGACGUUGAGUCGGUCAGAAGCUUCGACGAGAAGGUGCAUGCAGCUGGAACCAAUCUUUGCAACCAAUAUCACCUGAACGGAAACUGCCAGAACCCCUACUGCACCUUCAAGCACGGCUCCAAGCUGACUCAAGGCGAGCUUUUGAUUCUGAAGCACAAGUCGCGUGGUCUCAAGUGUGCACAAGGUGUCCACUGCGAGAAGAUUGACUGUUACCUUGGGCAUCACUGCAAGUUCCAGACCGGCUGUACUGCACGAGGAUGCAGAUUUACGGAUACGCAUGGCAUGGACCUGACGCCUGCAAGCAGAUGGUAUGAGGAUGGGUCUGAGGAGUACAUCUAG